AAUUGCAGAUAUCCAGCUGUGAGGAGUAAGAAUGGAUGGAGCCCAGGCUGUUUCUAGGCGUUCCACUUGCAUGAGAAGAAGCGGUAGAAGGCACCACUCAAGAGCUGCACAGAAAGUUAAGAGAACUUCAGGAAGACCUUUCCUGCUCAAAUUAAAGAACUCUCUUCUGGGAUGUUUCCUUUGCUCUGCUUAUAGUCACGCAAUGGUCCAUAUCGGCACCUUACCAGGAAACUGCUGAGAAGAAGCAGGAAGGGUUUUGGAUUUUACUUAUUAGGUUCUGUCAUCCAUCUAAGAAGAUUACAGAAGAACAGAAUGAUACUUUCACUUGUUUUCAACCUUUUUUGAGCUUCCAGCAAUCCGCAGAAAUGUUCCACUGAAUUUUCUUUAGACCAAAGGAUGAUAUAGUACCAAAACUGCUCUUGAAAGACCAUGGAUUCUUUGACUUUGCUUUUCAUCUUUUCAGAGAUGAAGGGAGGUGUUUCCCUAUGUCAGCUGUAGAUUUAUUGCAACAGAAUUGCAUGGAUUUAAAGAAAAACAGUUGCAAAUGAUUUCAUGAAGUACCAGUGAGCAAUCUGGAGAAUUAAUUUGUUUUAGCACUUAGUUCUGAUUUUGAAUUAAGGAGAAGUUGGUUUAAAUCAGACACAGACAGAAAAUCUGAACACUGUACAUCUACAUGUGAAAGAUGUCUUGGAAGAGGAAUUACUUUUCUGUGGGACGGGGCAGUGUGCAAGGCAUGUUCACGCCACGUAAUACAACAUCUAUAGCACCAAGUAAAGGUCUCAGCAAUGAGCCAGGACAGAACAGCUGCUUUCUGAAUAGUGCAUUACAGGUUCUGUGGCAUCUUGAUAUUUUUCGACGCAGUUUUCGACAACUUACAACACAUAAAUGCAUGGGAGAUUCCUGUAUAUUUUGUGCUCUCAAAGGUAUCUUUAACCAGUUUCAGUGCAGCAAUGAGAAAGUGCUGCCUUCUGAUGCUCUUCGGAAUGCUCUUGCAAAGACUUUCCAGGAUGAGCAGCGUUUCCAGCUGGGCAUCAUGGAUGAUGCUGCAGAAUGCUUUGAGAAUCUUCUGAUGAGGAUUCACUUCCACAUCGCAGACGAGUCCAAGGAAGACAUCUGCACUGCCCCGCACUGCAUUUCACACCAGAAGUUUGCAAUGACCUUAUUUGAGCAGUGUGUCUGUACCAGUUGUGGUGCCACUUCUGACCCUCUGCCCUUCAUCCAGAUGGUGCAUUAUAUCUCAACCACGUCACUCUGCAAUCAGGCAAUUUGCAUGCUGGAAAGACGAGAGAAACCCACUCCGGAUAUGUUUGGAGAGCUGCUACAAAAUGCAAGCACCAUGGGGGACUUACGAAAUUGUCCGAGCAACUGUGGGGAAAAAAUCCGUAUCCGCCGUGUGCUGAUGAACUCCCCGCAGAUCAUCACCAUCGGCCUGGUGUGGGACUCGGAUCAUUCAGAUCUGGCGGAGGACGUCAUUCACAGCCUGGGCACCUGUCUGAAGUUGGGAGAUCUCUUCUUCAGGGUAACUGAUGACAGAGCAAAACUGUGUGAACUGUAUUUGGUUGGAAUGAUCUGUUACUAUGGAAAACAUUACUCCACCUUCUUCUUCCAAACAAAGAUUCGCAAGUGGAUGUACUUUGAUGAUGCCCAUGUCAAAGAGAUAGGCCCCAAAUGGAAAGAUGUUGUAACCAAGUGCAUUAAGGGUCAUUAUCAGCCCCUGCUGCUACUUUAUGCGGACCCACGGGGGACUCCGGUGUCAACCCAGGACACGCCCGUCCAAGUGGACCUUCAGCAGUACAGCAGAACUUACUACGAUAGCGAAGAUUCAGGGCGUGAGCCUUCAGUCACAAGCGACACCAGGACAGACUCCUCUGCGGACAGUUUCCCGUAUAAACACUCUCACCAUGAGUCUGCGGUCAGCCACUUCUCCUCUGAUUCCCAGGGAACUGUCAUUUACAACAUGGAGAAUGAUGCCACCUCACAGAGCAGCAGGGACACAGGACACCUGACAGACAGCGAGUGUAAUCAGAGGCACGGAUCCAAAAAGGGCUCACUGGCGGACCGCAAGAGGAGUUCCAGCAGGUCGCGGAAGAAGGGGGAGGAGUCCCAGCCAUCCGGAUACCACAGCGAAGGGGAAACACUGAAGGAGAAGCAAGUCCCCAGAACAGCCCCCAAGACAUCGAGCAGUGCCAGCAGGCUGCGGGACCUGAAAGAGACCGUCAGCAACAUGAUCCACAGCAGGGCACUGCAGGGCAGCCAGGGCUCCCCACGCGGAAGGAAGGAUCCGGCUGAAGCGCAGCCACUGCCCCGGGCCCUGCCGGCCCAGCCCCAGGACUGGGAAAUGGAGAGCACCAGCAGCGAGUCCAAGUCCAGCUCUUCCAGCAAGUGCCGCCCCACAUGGAGGCCCAAAAGGGAGUCGCUGAACAUAGACAGCAUCUUCAGCAAGGAGAAGAGAAAGCAGUGCGGCUACACACAGCUCAGCCCCUUCUCUGAAGACGCAGGUAAAGAAUUUGUGGAAGAGGAACUUAAGGAGCUGGUCUCUCAGGCUAGGCCAAACCAGUCGCACAGGUACAAGCACUGGGCACUAGGUCGGGGUGUGCACCAUCUGGGGGACCAGCAUCCUCACCUGAUCCAGAGGAUGGAGUCCGGCUACGAAAGCAGCGAGCGCAACAGCAGCAGCCCCGUCAGUCUGGACAUGCCUUUGUCAGAGAGCUCCAGCGCCUCCAGAGAUUCUCAUCUGAAGCGACCUGGAGGCUUCGUCCCGGCCUGGCGGAAUAUCCCAAAGUCGCAUAGCAGCAGCAUCUUGGAAGCAGAGUCUGUCUCAUCUGCUCCUUCCUGGGCAAGGAAUAAGUGCUCCAUGGGUGGGGAAAUACUUGUUUCCUCCAAGAGCGAACUAGAUGAAUUGCAAGAGGAAGUUGCCAGGAGGGCCCAGGAGCAGGAGCUCCGCAGGAAGCGGGAAAAGGACCUGGAGGCGGCGAUGGGCUUCAACCCCCACCCAAGCAGGUUCAUGGACCUGGACGAGCUGCAGAACCAGGGGAGGACUGAUGGCCUUGAGAGAUCCGCGCAGCAGGCAGAGUCAGUCUUUGAAGAGUCGCUGCACCAGGAGCAGAGAGGAGAUUGUGCGGCAGCUUUGGCUCUCUGUAAUGAAGCGAUCUCUAAACUAAGACUUGCCAUGCAUGACGCCAGCUCUAGCACUCACGGCAGAGCUCUAGUCGAUAAGAAACUGCAAAUCUGUAUCCGAAAAGAGCGGAGCCUCCAGGAGAGCAUGCAGCCGCAGCCGCAGCCAGCACAGCCGCCGCCGCCCACCUGCCACCUGCCACUGGGGGGGCACAUGACCCAGUCGACAAGUGAACCGACUGUCCCGCUCCAAGUACUGCUGAGCCAGAAGACGGUACUGGAGCCCAGCAGAGGGGCAGAACUGGUGUCCAGUCCUCGCUUCCACCCACCCGCUUCCCAUUGUGAGACGCCACCAUCGUGUCCCGAGCCCUCUCCCCCGUGCCCGGCUGAAGGCGGCCCCUCUGAAGCGGCCUCCCUGAAUGCUCUCACUGCUUCUGCUGGCCUCCGGGACCCAGCCCCCUCUUUUCCACGUGGACACGGGGCGGGUGACGGGUCCAUUCACACUAAGAACGACGUCCUCUGGGAUGGGGAGCUUGAGGGAGCACCUCCCAUGAGUUUCAAGAAUAAGGACUGCAGCAGUAGCAGUAAGCUCAAAGAAGUACUUCGCGUAACAGCUUCUCUCACGCCGCCAUAUUGCAAAAUGCAGUUUAACACGGUAAACUCUGGAUCUCUGCCGACGCUCUUCCCCUCCCCCCACGCAGUGCAAGAGCCACCGGAUCAGAACGGCCUGCACUACUCGUGUUUGGGGCCAUCCGGCCGGUCAGUGCAGCCGCGUGCCUUGCAGCACGGACCCCCUCCCGCCCUCGCACUGGCCUCUCUCGCCCCCUUGCUGCACCACCCCUCCAAGCCUUCCGAGGCCACCGGCAGGUACCUCACAGCACACGACCCUGAGAGCUUCCCUCAGCCGCAAGAAGAAGUUGUUCCUGGGGAUCAUUUGGGAGCUGCAGCGACCCACACCAAGGGGCACGUUCGCUCCCUGGCGGAACAAUUCCAGCGGCUGCAGGGGGCCUCCCAGAGAGAAGUCUCUCUCGGGAAGGUGGCGGCCCAUCAUGAUCAGAGCGCACCAGGGUUGCCGCCAGAAUCCUGCUCAGGCCCUCCGUUCCACAGUCACGGGCUGCUGGUUGCUGGAAGGCAGGAAAGCCGAGCUCAGCCUGCUGAAAGGUGGAGUGAGCGGAGUUCUGAGGACUGUCUUGGUCCUCGCGGCGUAGUUGCCAAGAGUCCCGCGCUGCAUCGCCAGGAGCCCUGCGGCCAAGGGAGACCCGGUGCUGCGGAUCCCGAGCGCCACCCGGGCAGGUUCCGUCACAAGGGCGAGGCGAGGCAGGUGGCGGACAGGCAUCCUGCUGGCUUGGCCUGCUGGGUGGACAGCGUUCACAGGUACCACAGCUCUCCUCUGGAUGGCGAGACCACCCGCUGGCUUCUGGGGCCUGGGAGCAAGCCCGGUGCGUCCAGCCCAGCAGCUUUUGGGGAGGAUGCCGUGCAGAGGCACCCGUGGUGGGACGAAGACGCCGAGCAGGAGGGUUCCGAGCUGGAGUCUCUGUACCGGGCCAGCUUGCAGGCACCUCCGACGAGCCUCUCUGCGUCGGGGAGGCUGGAUGGCUCUCGGCACUUGCUGGGCAAGACAGCAUCUGCAAAUUUCCCUACAAGAAAGGCGCACCAUGCAGCUUACGUGGGUCUCCCGAAAACCCCAGAUGCAGAGAUCGAGCGCAGCCUCUGUGGGACUGCUGUGCCUCCAGUCCCUAAGGUGCCAUGCGCGGGAAAGCACGGAAAGGAGCCAGAAGAGGAGAUGUACAGUGCAGAGAACUUCCGUCGCAUUGCACGUAGUCUCAGCGGGACGGUCAUCGCGAGCAAGGAAGAGCCUCUUGCUUCUUCCUACAGUUUCGAAAUGUCCAAUGGGAGGAAAAUGCCAGUGGAAGCCAGACUCCGUUCUUCCAGCACCUCUUCCCUCACUUCCCCUCACGACUCUCCUCCCGUGUUUCCCCUCGGUCCCCAGCACCGUUCCGCCCAGCCGCCGCACACCGAUGAGGCCCCCGUGCCUGGCAUGGUAGGCAAGGCUCGCAGGCCAGCAGGAGAUCAGAAGAACUUCCAAAACAUUCUGGCUGUGCCUAACAGGAGUGAAACUUUCCAAGGCAAAGACAGCCGAGGUGUGGCGCUGAGUUACGGGAUGCUGACCAGCCCCGCUUACCAGCAGCCGGGCCUGUCUUAUCAGGGGCCAGUACAUCUCCUUAAUAAACACUUAGGAAGCGAAGACGCAUCCGAAGCCUGCAGUCGCUGGCUGCGGAUGAAUCACACUGCCAGACACAUGGCAACUCUGCCAACCAGACAAGCCCCUCUCUGGGGAUUUGGUGCUCAGGCGUGCGCAGGACCACCAGAGCACUCGCACCCAGCGCCGUUCCAGCACAGCAGGCACGAGGCCUGUGCCGCGGACGGCGGGCCUCCCCGUGGCAAGAGCAGCAGCACCGGGGGAAGGCCGCGUCCGGCCCCUGGCGAUGGAGCGGGCUUCCAGGGCUGUCCUGUGCCUCCCGCGCACGCGAAGGCGCCGGGCCCGCGAAGGGUGGACAUGCCGCCCGAGGAGGAUUGGCGGCAGAACAGCUACACCCUUCAGCCUGGAGCGCGGAGAGCUCCCUCGGCCUGCACGAUGGGCGGCGCGUACGCAUCUGCGCUUCAGCGGAAGGCGCUGGCCUGCCCGGCCGCUGCCCCCACGCACGGCAGCGGCUGGUGAGGGCUCGGCCUCCGGCGCAGGCACUUCCCACCGGAGACAGCAGGCCCUCCGUCCACGCCUGCCCUGCUCCCUUGCGGCAGCUGCUCCGGAGGUGGAGGUGGAGGUGGAGCUGGUUGCCCUGGGCUCUGCUGCUCUCCGGGCGGGUCCCUCUCGGGAGGGAGGGGCUCGGUGGCGCCCCUCCCCGCCUUUUCCCCCAGGACCAGUGGAGGCUCGCUGCCAGGGGAGGGGCUGGAGGGUUGCACGUGGACCGAGAGGAAGGCCUGUCGCUGGCAACAGGCAGUUCGUGGAAGCACUGCUUCGUGCGGCGCCGCGAUUCAGCCGGGCUGGCACGCGGAGUCCCCCUUCUCCGACCGCAUUGGGUAUGGCGAGGCGGACGGGCUCCUCUUCCCCCCAGCUUAGAAAUUUGGCGGUGCUGAUGGGCUACUGAGGCAAGUGUGUCUUUGUGCCGAGAUACUUGGCACAAAUGCAGGUGCGAGUGAGGAAGAGGACAGCAGGCCGACUCCAGCGCAAGCAGGACUUUCUCCCUGAAGCGGAUUGAACAGUGUUUCAAAGAGCAGAGACUGCACAAUUCAUUGUAACAUUGUAAACACAGAAUCGCUUUAACUGUUUUAGGGUUAUAACAUACUUGCCUUUGUAAGUAUUUUUCAAAUAAAUCUAUGAAAUAAU